GUACACAAAGGCUGACAGUAUCUCAGAUUUGUGAAGCUCGUCAAGAAUUUCCGGUCCCAUAGUGCAAUUCUGAACUUCCCAAACGAGAUGUUCUACGCAAACGAGCUGGAAGUGUGCGGUACUCCGUCUGUCAUCAACUCGUUCAUUGGGUGGCAGCAUCUCGUCAAUCGCAAGUUUCCUGUCGUCUUUCAUGCGAUAUCUGGGCAGGAUGAAAGGGAGGCGUCAUCGCCGUCGUACUUCAACAUUGAUGAGGUCACGGUCGUCAAGGAUUACAUCCAGAAGUUGAAGGCUGAUGCCCGCUUCAAAAUAUCGGACGAAGAAAUCGGAGUCAUAGCUCCCUACCGUGCGCAAGUCAGGAAACUGCGUCAAGCACUGUCGGGCUUCGCUCCACAUGUUAAGAUAGCCAGCGUGGAAGAGUUCCAGGGACAGGAAUACCGAGUGAUCAUCCUCACCACUGUACGGAGCACGCGAGACCUUUUGCAAUACGACCAGCGCUACACGCUUGGCUUCGUAGCGAAUCCUCGCAGGUUCAACGUGGCUAUUACCCGCGCGAAAGCGCUCCUUGUUGUCGUUGGCAACGCCUCGGUUCUCUCCACAGACCCACUAUGGAGACGUUUCCUCAAUUACGUCCACUUGAAGAAUGGAUGGCAUGGAGAACCGAUUUCUUGGAACCCAGCGGAACCUGUGCUUGAUGACGGCGAGUAUGCAAGCCAGUUGCGCGAGCAAGGUGUUGCAGAUGUGGCUGCCUUCAUGCAGCGCAUGCACAUGUACUCGGACGGAUCGGGACCGACGGCGGAGGAUCUCGAGAGCGGCGCAAAUAUGGAGGUAGCGUUCGUUGAGCCGGACUGAUUCGAGGUUGUAUACGUUUCGCUCAAAGCGAAGUAUGAUCUGCUACGUUGUUGUCGAGUUCGAGUCGGGUCACAUCAGUCCCAGUCUGUUUAAAAACAUCGAGCA